UAUCUCCUCUCGCCGCUGCCUCCCUCGGAGCCACACAAGGAGAAGGGCGGCGGCGCAAGGCGAAGAUGUCGGAGAAGAAGCGCGGCGCCGGCACCGGCACCGGCACCCGCAAGGACGAGGUGGUAACCCGGGAGUACACCAUCAACCUCCACAAGCGCCUCCACGGAUGCACCUUCAAGAAGAAAGCGCCUAAUGCCAUCAAGGAGAUCAGGAAGUUUGCACAGAAGGCCAUGGGCACAACAGAUGUCCGCAUUGAUGUGAAACUUAACAAGGCCAUCUGGACCAAUGGCAUCCGGAGUGUCCCAAGGCGAGUCCGUGUUAGAAUUGCCCGUAAGAGAAACGACGAGGAGGACGCCAAGGAGGAGCUCUACUCUCUGGUCACAGUUGCUGAGAUCCCUGCAGAGGGUCUCAAGGGUUUGGGAACCAAGGUUGUCGAGGAUGAGGAGUAAACUAUGCAUUGGUAUUUAUCAGUUAGCGCUUAGUGCAUAUUUCCAUGAUAUCGGUCACUAUGCUGAGAGCAAAUUUGAAGUCUUGCUUUAGCGUUUUGUUAUCUACUGUUGAUGACUUGAUGUAAUAGAAGAUUCAAGACAAUGCAUUUUCUUAAGCGCUUGAAAUUUUGACUUGUUUGUCAAAUCCGCGCCAUGCUAUCCUGCGGUUAUCUUGGGUCACAUUUUGAGCUUAAAA